CCUGGUUCUCUGGGAGUGCUCAGUAUUAGCACAGCAGCUACGGAAUGUCUCCUGGAAAAUGCCCUGUGAGCCGGGUCACCCCUCACUGCAUGUAAACUAGGAUGUUCCAUGAGCAGGACUCCUGCUCUGUGGUGGUGUGAGCAGGCUGUUCAGGACCUUCUGGGGUGAACAUGGGCCCGGCCAGUCCUGAGGGCCCUGGGCUGUGAGGUCCUAGCUGCUCCCUGCUUUGCUGGUGCCUGCGGUUACUUGUUUUUGUAAGUUUACUAAUUUAUCUCUUGCGUUUGAAGUUCAGAACUGCAGGCUUUGUGCUUGCGUUAGCGAUGUGGAAUGAUGGGGUGGGAAUCUGUAUCGAAGUGCCUGCGUAUAGUUGUCAUUUCAUGUCACUGACUGAGGGACGGGCCCCGUUUGCUGGGAGAAAAUAUAUGCAGUUGAGUUGAGGACCCAAAACAUAAUCUAUUAGCCUACAAACGACUGAGACAGACAGAGCUCAAAGGGAGCUCGUGUUCGUCAUGGAACAUGUCUAGUCGUUGCAGGCGUCACAGAUUUCCCACCACAUAAGCGGGAAGUGUGUCACCAGCCAUGCGUCUCCAUGCCUGUGGGUCCUGGGACAUCCUCAGGUUGGCGACCACGUGGGCCGUGACAGGUGAUACUUAAUUCUGUGGACACUACCCCUUCCUGUGACUCUGGGGAGCCCACAUUUACUUCCAUGAGUCAGGAAGGAACUGUUAACUAUGCCAGUGCUGUUGUACUAAGUGUGCUGGUAUUUGUUGUAGCAUUUUCUUAGGAAAAACCACAGUCAAGUGAUGACAAGCCCAGACUGGAAUGGGGCCACCGGGUCGCGUCCUGGUUCCCACUCACCAGCUGUGCGGCCUUGGCCAGGUGACCUUGAACCUGGUCCCCUCAGCUGCUGGUGGCAGUCAUGGUGGCUGCCUGCAUAGGGCUGUGUCAGGGACCCAAUGGAGAAUGCCCGGGGCCUGAUUCUAAAUACCGCAAACUUUCUCAGGUCAUUGCUGUUCACAGCCCUAUUCCCUGUUCCCUCAGCGCUGCAUUCCCCUGGGGGAGCAGCUGCAGGCGGUUCUGGGGAGCGCUGCCUCCAGGCGAGUGCUGGGCCUGUGGGCCUCGGUGCCCUCGGGAACCUGUGACAGGCCGACCUGCGCACCUGUGCCUCCCAGAGCCGGGCUGACUUCGGGACGCGGGACAGAAGACGUGACAGCUCCCGGGGAUGAGAACGUACGGCCCCCCGGGGGAGGGAACCCCGCACCCCUCGGAGAGUGGGACAUUGCGCCCCAGAGCCAUCCUCUCCCCGCGAGGGACCUUCAGCUCGCCGCGGUGUCUUCCUUACCAAAGAGGCCGAGUGACAGCCCCGCGGCCCCUGCCCCCGAGCUGCUGCCCCUCCUCCAGGACGUGUGCGGGCGAAGGCGGCCUUGGUGGCGGGAUGGGAGAGCCGCCCGCCUGCUCCUACUUGGAAAAGAUUCUGUCCAAGAACCUGGAGCUGAUGGAGAGGAGGCUGACGGACUACCUGGACGAGCGGCUGCGCGCCCUGCAGGAGCACGUGGAUGGCAAGGUGGCGCUGCUGGCCCACCUGCUGCAGACACACCUGCUGCAGAGCCCCGGCUCCCCGCCCCCGCCCCCGGGGAUGCCGCUCACGCGCUAUGACUCUGGGGACAGACUCUCCAACGGAGAGAGAUAGGCGCUCCCGUGCGCCGUGCAUGCAGAUAUUUAUUACCUAUUUAUUACAACGCGACCCAAAGCUCCGAGCCAGUGUCGAUGUCAUUGGAGGAUCAGCAUCCUACUCGCAUCAAGUGACCUCAGCGUUCAUCCCUGUGCUUGUGGCGUGACCCCCGUGACGUGACCCCCGGGCUGCAUGAGAGUGGGUGACCUUCCCUGUGCUUGUGAUGUGACUUCGUGCCACACCUGAGCGUGGAUGACCUUCCUUGUGCUUGUGACGUGACCCCGUGCCACACCUGAGCGUGGAUGACCUUCCUUGUGCUUGUGACGUGACCCCGUGCCCGAGUGUGAGCGUGAUCGGGUCAGGAGUUAUUUUUGUUUGCAGAGUUAUUCACUCUUACAGAGAUUUGUGUCCCUUGAUGUUGUUUUAAGUGUUUAAAAUUUUUAAGGCUCUCCCAUGCGGUGUGUUUGAUAGAAGUGUAUUUUUUAUCUAUGAAAGACCUUAUUUCCUCAUCUUAGGAGGGAGAGAAAUAGUGCACUGAGGAUUUGAUAGUUGUUUUUCUCUUUGGUUAUCUGUAAGUCGGAACCUCUGGGCUCACGGACUUGCACUGGCGCUGCUCCCUGAGAACAGGCGCAGGUCGGCCCUCUGUGCUGCCCGGGGCGGUGGCGCUGGCUUCCUGUGUCGCAGUGACGGGAGGAAGGUCUGCGUCCCCUCCGUGGAGGUUCGUUGCUGGAGAUUUGUGUUGGAUGGGACGUGAGGGCGGUUACCUUGUUUUAUCUCCAUCCACCGGAAAGCACGGGACCCUUUGCCGCGCUGAUGCCCGUCCCCAGCGCCUGUGCUGGGUGUGAGCGCAGGGCGCGCCCUGAGGGCGGCGUGGGCGAGGAGAUGGCCGUGCUCGCUGCCGGCUUCGUCGUCAGGAAGUGUAACGAUUGCAUGUGCUGAAGGGGAUGUAUUUGCAUCUAAAAAUAAACGCGUCCAUUUUGGAAACCA